GCCAUGUGCAAAACAAAGUUGUUCAUUGCUGAUAACCAUGCAACCUGAUGAACCACAGGUCACUCCGUUUAAGUCUCGCAGAGGUGCUCAGCUUCUCUAGUCUCACCCCGACAUUCAUCCAAAAGGCAGCAUCACCCGUACAAGCUUUCUGGUCAUUCCCUUUCUCUGCGUCCAGUGAUGUUUUUUCUGCUCAUCACAGUGUUGUCUUCACUCGUGGUGCAUGAUGCUGAGGCAUGGGGCGCCAGUGUUAAGUACGCGGUGAACUGCCCCGACAGAUGCACCGCGGAGCGGUGUGGCGGGACGCAGCGGUGCACUCGGACGGUCCUGGAUGACUGCGGCUGUUGCCAGGUCUGUGCAGCCGGCAGAGGGGAGCACUGUUACCGCACAGUGUCGGGGAUGCACGGGGUGAAGUGCGGACCGGGAUUAUUCUGCGAGUUCUACAAGGAUGAAGACGACUAUGGAGACGAAUAUGGAAUUUGCAAAGACUGUCCCUAUGGAACCUAUGGGGUUGAGUGCCGUAAGACCUGCAACUGCAAGGGAGGAAUUUGUGACAGAGAGACUGGCGCUUGUCUCACCCUCACAUUCUUUGCCAAAAUCGCCAGCAAGCUUAAGACUGAACCACACGCAGGGACUGAAGCGGGCUCGGGAGAAGUGAACACUGUGCAGAACACAGAUCAGAACACAGACAGAUCCACUGCUUCAAAGCGGCUCAGCCCUCGCUGACAAGUGCUGACAAGACUGAAUCUAUUCAGUGUAAAUGUAGCAUUAACUUAUAAAUGAACUGAAAGAUAUAUUUUAUUAGAAUAUGUUAGAUAACAAACACACAAAAAAAGAAAAACUUUGUUACAGCUUUUGGAGUUUUUAGUUGGUUUGCUUGGUCCUUGUUUGACACCAUU